AUGACAAACACACACGUAUGGUUGCCCGUCGAGCUUAAGAAUCAGAAACUCUCUCCUGAUAACUGUUGUUGCAUUAGAGACAAACACAGCCACGCGAUCUACACGCUCCGCUUCCCCGGCGUGCGCAUGUACGUGGUCAACGCUCCGCGGCUGAUCCCGCUCAUCGAGCGCCAGACGGCCACGCUGUCGUUUGCGCCCGUCGAGUCGGCGGCGACGGCGGCCGUGCUGGGGACGAGCGACGCCACCAACCGCAUCAUGGCCGCCGACCCGGCCAGCCCGGACAACCACUUUGCCGUGUUCCGCAAGACGGUGAGGCCGGUACUGGCGCCCGGCCCGUUCCUAGCCGCCAUGUUCAUGCGGUCCUUUACCACCAUGUCCCGGUCACUGGACGUGCAGUUUGGGGGAGGACGCGCCGGCGUGACGACGAAGCUGCUGGCGUGGACCGGCCGCGAGAUCACGCUGGCCGGCACGACGGCCGAGUACGGCGAGGCGAACCCGUUUAGCGAGCCAGACGUGUAUCAGGCAUGGCAGACAUUCGUCUCGGGCCUCCCGCUCUUCGUCAGCGGCUUCUACCCGCACAUAUUCGCGCGGCGCAGCUUCGCGGCGCGCGAGUUUCUCGUCUCGCGAUUCGCGCGCUAUCUGGGCGAGGGUAGCCAUCUCGCGUCUGGCGGCAGCUCGGGCGCGGUGCUGGCGCGGCUGCGGCACAACGCCGCGGCGGGCAUGCCGUUUGCCGACUCGGCGCGCGGCGAGGUGGGCGCGUGCAUGGCGCUGCUCAACAACACCAUCCCCGGCAUGUUCUGGGUCGUGUACCACAUCUUCUCCGACCCCGCCGUGCUGGCCGACGUGCGCGCCGAGCUCAUGGCCACGGCGGUGACGGACGAGUCUUGCUGCGUGCUCGACGUCGAGCGCGUGCGCACCGCAUGCCCGCUGCUGCAGUCGACCGUGUGCGAGGUGUACCGCUUCCGCGGCAUCGGCACGGGCAUGGUGAGGGUCGUGGUCCGGGACGACGUGCUCGACGGCCGGCAUCUGCUCAAAAAGGGCGGCCUGGUCUUUGCCCCCAACAGCCUGCCGCACUUUGCGCCGGCCCUCUGGGGACCUGACUGCGACCGCUUCGACCAUCGGCGUUUUCUGAGGGGUGGUAGUGCUGCUGGAGGAGGCAACGAUAUCAAAUCGGUGAGUUCUUCGGCGCUGCGCAUCUUUGGCGGCGGCACGGCGCGCUGUCCCGGCCGACACUUUGCCGGCGGCAACUUGCUCAUGUUUGCCGCCAUGCUUGCCCUCCGUGCCGACAUCCGGCCGGUGGACGGUGAGGCGGCCUGGGCCGGGGUCACGGUGAGCAAGUCGUUCGGGCUGGGUAUUGCGACCGGCUUUGUCGAGCCAGACAGGGACAUCGACGUCGUGGUGGCGCCGGUUGGGGGCCAGCCAUGGCACCUAGAGUUCCCCCCUGGGCCUUGA